CCACGUGAGUCGCUCCGGACAUGUGAGAAGCAGUGCGUCCACAGAGGAUUUGUUCACGGUUAGAGCCCACAGGUUCACUUAUUCUCAUCUUAUGGUUAUCGAUACCAGGAGCAUGGAGUCGGUAGAGGAGGAGGCGCAGCUCGGCCAGGAGUCAGAGGAGGAAAACAGUGAACUCUCAGACGAUGAGCUUCAGGAAGCCUUCACUAAAGGGUUGUUGAAACCAGGGAUGAACGUUCUGGUGGAUAAACCCAAAAAGUUUGUCAACAAUGUGGAGGGUUUGAAACAGUGCCUUGCAGACUUCCGUAGAGACCUUCCCUGGGUGGAGAGGUUGGAUAUGACCAACUUACCGGCUGAAGACAUUAUUUCCAAGGCUGAAGGAAAAGUUCCUAGUUCAGCCAACGGAGAAAUCAACGCGGACGAUGAUUUCCAGAGGGAGAUGUUCUUCUACCGCCAAGCUCAAGCCACUGUCCUGGAGGCAUUGCCCCUCUUAAACAAGUAUGACAUUGCCACCAAGAGGCCUGACGAUUACUUUGCAGAGAUGGCCAAGUCAGAUCAGCACAUGCAGAAGAUCAGGAAAAAGCUCAUCUCAAAGCAGAUGAUACUGGAGAAGUCAGAGAAGGCCAAGAAACUGCGUGAGCAAAGGAAGUUUGGCAAAAAGGUCCAAGUAGAAGUGAUCCAGAAGAGGCAGAGAGAGAAGAAGGCAAUGAUGUCUGCUGUGAAAAAAUACCAGAAAGGAAUGACUGACAAACUGGAUUUCCUGGAAGGAGACAAGAAGGCUGGUAAAGACUCUUCUCAGGUCUCCAAGAAAGCGCAGAACAAGGGGGCGAAUGCCAAGAGAAAGUUCAAGGACCAGAAGUUUGGCUUUGGAGGCAAGAAGAGCGGAAAGAAGUGGAACACCAAAGAGAGCUUCAACGAUGUUUCCAGUUUCCGCGCCAAGGUGGCUCAUGCAAAAGGCGGCAAGGGAGGGAAGAAAGGCAAAGGAGGAAAACAAAAUAAACGCCCAGGCAAGUCCGUACGCAAGAAGAUGAAGGGUCGCUCGUAAAAACCAACAUGCUGGUCAACAGACUUGAUUAAGACUUGCUUCUAGGCAGGAUUUCCCACACCUGCUCCCCAAUCUCUCCUCAGUACACCUCAAGAGAGACUUUUUGUACAAUAUGCCGUCUGUAAAAUGCGUCUGGAUUGAUACGGAGGCCUCUAUGAACCCCAUUCAAGCCACACAGAGAGAGAGAGAGAUGUCCUGCCAUUUACUGCUAAGGAAAGCUGUUCAAAAGACGUGGCUGGUGAAGGAAAGGCAAGACUGGACUGCAUAGAAAUACCCAAAAUAUAAAGUUCUUUUUCCACAUGCAAUUUCCGUAAGGCUUGUGAAGAAAAAGAGAAUUUGAACGUGAAGAAGUUUUUAUUGUUUGUGGCCCUCGUUGUCUCAGUAUAUACCUGUCAGACAAGGUGGAAUUAAAGCCACUUCCUGCUAUUACAGCAGAGUUUUUUCAGAGUUUGGUGUAUUCAGUUUCAUUUUUUCUAACUCAGCUCCUUGACUCGCUCUCAUGUGAUAUGACAUUUUAUAAUAUUGAGCAGCUGUCAGCAUUGACCUUUCCCAUUCAUUAAUACGAUUAGUAUGUGAUGGGCGAGUGUGCUUUGUAUAGACCUGUGAGAAUGUUUCUCCUUCAAGUGUUUUUCUAAGUUUGCAAAGAUGAAAAUGUAAAAAGACAACCUCUGGUGCUGACACCCUUAUGUUUGUAUGAUAAACAAUUAAAUCUGAACAUAGGUGUUCACUUUC